AUAGCCACGCCCCUCGAGGGACUUCCGUGUUUUGAUGAAGCAAGUGGACAGAAAAUAACUCAGUCAUUUGGAUACAUUACCUUGAAGCACAAUGAACGUGAGAAAAGUGGAGAAAAUUGUACUGAGUGUGGAGCAGGGUGAGGGAGUUGGCGCUCGUGUUCGCAGAAGCGUUGGUAGAAAAGAGUUGCAGAACCUGGAUCCUUUUUUGAUGUUGGAUGAGUUUCGUGUCAGCAAGCCAGCAGGUUUUCCAGACCACCCUCACAGAGGAUUUGAAACGGUAACGUACGUGUUGGAAGGGGUCGUAGCCCAUGAGGACUUCUGUGGCCAUUCAGGGCGACUGCAACCUGGAGAUCUGCAAUGGAUGACUGCAGGACGGGGAGUGGUUCACGCUGAGAUGCCCAUGUCUGAGGAACCCUUGGUGGGUUUGCAGCUCUGGGUGAACCUGUCCAGACAAAACAAAAUGGUGGAACCAGCCUAUCAGGAGCUGCGGAGCUCUGAGAUCCCCAAACCAACUCAGGGCGGAGUCACGGUGGCCGUGAUUUCUGGAGAAGCCCUCGGAGCAAAAGCCAAGGUCUUCACAAGGACAUCGACCAUGUAUUUGGAUUUUGCGCUGAGGACAGGAGCCCAACAUGUGCAGCCAGUUCCCUCAGGAUGGACCGCUUUCAUUUACACUCUAUCAGGAACCAUUCAUGUUGGCCCAGAUGAGGAGCAGCAGAAGGUGGAGCCCCAUCACACGGUAGUUUUUGGGGAUGGAGAUUGUGUGCGAUUUGUAAACAAAGGUUACGACAUUUCCCAUUUUGUCCUGAUCGCCGGAGAACCAAUCAACGAGCCUGUGGUGAAACACGGUCCAUUUGUUAUGAACACGCAGGAAGAGAUCAGCCAGGCGAUCAGCGAUUACAGGAAUGCUCAAAAUGGCUUUGAGCGGGCCUUAAAUUGGAGAUCGAAGAUCGGGGACGCUGUUUGACCACAAUGUUGUACGAAAUAUCUUGUUGCUUGUCUAUAUGAGUAAUAUUUUAUAUCCUAAAAAGGCGUUUUCAUUUUACCUUUCAUUUCAUUCGAGCAGCAACCGUCUAGCACUGUGGUUCUUAAAACUUACAGUAGCAUAGUAGGUCCAAGUGUUCAUAAAAACCGACGACGACGACAACAACAACACAGGUUUUAUGCCUAAAAGUUUCAUUUGAUAAUAUUGUUAGCCACCGUAACAUUAUGCACAGUUUGAACAUUGUAACACUAGAACAUUUUUAAAAAUGACAUAGGUAAUGCUUUUAUUCAAAUGUACCUGACAAAAAUGUUACCGAAAUAAAUGUUUGAAAGCAAACAGUUCAAAAAGAUUAAAUGCUAAGGUAUUGUACUUAAAGAUUACAUAACUGUACUUAACACAUGUACUCUCUUGGGCUAACAUUAUGAACAGUUUGCGUAUCACUGGAGAGCCCACAUGCCAACCUUUGAGAACCACUGGUCUAGCAGACGUUCUUGAUUAAAGCCUUUGAAAUCUG